AGCGCCCUCUGUAGUUUGAGCGCGGUAAAGUUAAAGUUAGGUAACAAUUCUUAUUUUGUUGUUGCAGACGAUCAAUGAUCUAUUCUUCGGUGAAGAUAAAGAUAAUCAGAGAUUUCCUUCAAAGAUUUAUCAGCAGCAUGGGCAAACCAAGAAAAGUACCUGCUGCAGCAGCUGGAGAAACCAAUGCAAAGAAAGGGGUCAAGAGAAAGACAGCAUCGAGCACAUCCCCAGUGAAUGCAUCGCAGAGUAAAGUUAAAAGGACAAAGAAAACAAUUGAAGAAAGUGAUGUGAAGGAAGUAAAAACAACAAAGCCGACCAAAUCUGGAGGUGCAAGUGUUUUUGAAGAAGAGAUUCGUAAGAGAGAGGGCUAUACGGCCUCUCUACCCAAACGCAAUAAGAAAGGAGACCUCGUCUUUGCCGACUGUCCCGAUAUCCAUCCCAAUAUGACACCAGCUGAUGUGCUACAAGCUGGCAGCUUUGGUGGGACGUAUUUCCGGCCAAUCAAGUCAGGCGUUACAGGUGAAAGGCAUUCUGGAGUUUGGAAAGAACUUCCAAAGGACUGGCUUGAAGGUCUCAACAUCGGGAAACAGGUCUCCUCUUCUACUUAUGACACUGAGGCAAACACCUACAAGGUGAAGUGCGGAGGAAGUUUGGAGAUGUGGGAAAGCAGCGGCUGGAUGCAUAAACAAGAUCCUUAUGGCUGGUUCCAAUGGUACUGCAGGUUCUACCUUGGGAGACGCACUGAAGAUGACGACCGACAGAUCGGGCGUUGGUCGCGAUGCGCCGGCCUCAAAGGCCGAUGGCGGAAUAACCUCAUCGCCAAGUGUGUGCGCAGCGGUUGUGCUUACGACAAUUUUGCCGUCUCUCCCGUAGUCAGACAGACCCUCCAGCACUGGGGAUAUCGGCUAACUAAAGAAGACUUUGAUAAAGGAGCCAAGAGGGUCAAGUAGAUGUGAAACUGGAAUAAGAUGUGCACUACUGAUAACUACUUCUGGGAUGCGUGCUCACUGUACUCACGAUCCUUGAGUUAAUUUAUAAAAAACUUGUACUUACCAGCACAGUAUUAGAAGUCACUGCAUACCUCUGAAUUUGAAAAUCCUCAUGGGCGUCGCCAGGAUUUUUUUUUUUGGGGGGGGGGCAAAGCACAUUUUUUCCCCAACAUCAUUGCUCUUUCUUUAGCAUUUUCUCAAUUUAUCAUUUUUUCGAGGGUGGGUGUGCGGACAUUUGCCCAUCCCCCAUUGACAUGCCUGCGGACGCCCAUUUUUGUAGUGCAUUAAAUUAAUAGCAAAUAAUUAUGACUACACUCUCUCUUUUUUUUGUCUUUUUUUUCCCUUCUCUUUUUGUUUUUUUGGCGUUUCCAGGUUUUUUAAGCUGCCCCCUUGCCCCUCCCUCGCGAUGCCCAUGAAAAUCCUUUUUGUGAAAUUUAAGAUAAACUCUUUCAAGAAGGACUAAUGCAAGUCUAUUGGUAAGAUAGGACAUGGUCGUCACAGUCAAUAUUCCUUGUACCAGCAAUCUAUUUAUCAGUGAUUGUUGGGUGAAUGUAUAACUAAUGUGUUAUCAAGUUUUUAAUAAGUUUUUUCUUUCAAUUUGUUUCUGAUAAGGAUUGUUGUUUGCGUGUGUUUUUGUGUAAACCAUUUCCCAUUUUUUAAUGUAAUACAUGUACAUGGAUAUUACUAAGGGAAAUCAGUCACCUGUAAAUUUAUUGUCAUGAAAAUAACCAUUUGUGGUUAUUUUCAUGACAAUUUACUUUUUUGUUCACUUUUCAAUAUUCUCAACGGAAUUACAUUAAUAUCUUUAUAGCAAACGUACUAUUUAAAUGUUAAAAUGUUAUCAGUGUGGUUAUUUACAGUUUUUUCAAGAAAGGAGAAUAAACCAAGUUCUGUAACUUAUAUCUUAAAACUUGUCACUCAUUUAGUAA